CCCUCCACUACGAAAAACAGGAAAUACUUUCCUCUGUCGUUCUUCCUUCUCCCCUGGCUUCACCGUGAUUCUUCAUACCUCACUCAGUACCAGGCUCCAACAGAGAGGUAGAGAUUUCCGAAGAUGGAAAAACAACAUGAAUCAGCUCCACCGUACCCUGGACCACCUAUGAACUAUGGGGGUACAGUGCCACAGCCAGGUAUUGCUUAUGCUCCGGUUCUGGGUGCUCCUGCCACAACAGUGACUCACUUGGUAGUAACACCGGCACUACAUGAAGUCCCAGGACAAACUGUGUGCCCCCACUGCCAGCAGUCAGUGAUCACCAACACAGAGCACACUGCCGGCCUGAUGACCUGGGCCGUCUGUGGUGGCCUCGCCCUGUUUGGGUGUAUUUUCUGCUGUUGUAUCCCAUUCUGCGUUGAGGCCUGUCAAGAUGUGGAGCAUCGCUGUCCUUCCUGCCAAAAAGUCAUCUACGUGUACAAGCGACUUUAAAAUUGACUGUGAAUGGAAUAUCACAACGCUUAUCUGUAGUGUCUCUUACUCUACAACGUUCUUUUUUAUACCGAAAGUUAUAAUCCGAAAGGCACUUAUCCUAUACUGACAUCUUCACUGUCAUGUUGUGACUCUGUCACCCUAUGAUUUGAAUGCUAAUGAUAUAUAUAUAUAUCAUGCUGUGUUAUAUACAAAACACUUUUUUGCAGCUGUCUGCUGUAGUCGUUAGUCGCCCAUUUUCUGCAGCACACUAAUUGGAUUUUGCUGGUCAAAGGUCACUGUGACCUCAUAAAACACAUUUUGGCCAUAACUCAAGAACUAGUUUGCCAAUUAUGAUGAUUUCAUACAAAUAUCUAAUGAAAUGAAGUGAUGGCAUUUUGGACAGACAUGGCGGUAUACAAUGGAGAGGUGAUUACUCAAUAGUUUUCGUUAAAAGGCAUUUGUUCAAUUCACUGUUUGGUAUUUUCUACCAAGAGGAUACAUACGACUGAGAGAUUAAAGCCAUGCUAGCUGCUCUGUGGGGCUGUACACAGCGGUGCUAAAUGCUCACAUUAGCAUGCUAACAUGCUGGAAAAUGCAAACAUACUAAUGCUUCGUAAUAAUAUGUUCAUGUUAGAGUUAUGGGUGUUAACAUGCUAAUACUUGCUACCUGUCAUUAAACACAAAGUGCAGUUGA